CGAGCGUUUUGUUUGUUUUUAAGUAAUUACUCUGUUGCAUCACCCCCGCCGCGCAUCACGUAGGAGCUGAAGGGUUUUUCUUAGGACAUGAAGAUUCCGUUUUAUUGAGGGUGUAUAGUUCGUUGCCCUCUUUAGUAUUUCAGCCCUUCACCUGUUGAAUGGAAAAGAAAGACUUAGCCAGGAUGCGAUCUACUCAGUGUUCAACUUGUAUACUUCAACUUGUAAGCCUUAUGUAGUGUUUUUAUUUGCCGGCAUCCCCUGACUGUGGGAUAGAUGUAACUGGUAUCAUCCAUAAGGGAUUAAGAGCUUAUAUAAUAACAAUUGUGGUACGUGGUAUAUUUGAUUUCAUUGUUGUUUAGUUGAGUUCCUUUUGUUCGUGAACUGUUGAGCCCCAGUUCUCAAAGAAUGGAAAAUUAAAAUAGGGAACUGAGAGUUUUAAGUAAGUCUCUUUGAUUUUAAUUUUUAAAAAGUGAUAAAUUGGCCAUUUGAACAGCUAUCAUUUAAUCUAAAUAGUAUAUAUUACACCUCUCAUUGUUUUCUUAGAUUCCUUAAACACUGCUACAGUGGAACAGCAUAAUAGAUAUUAAUAUAAUUUGAGAUUUGGAAAAAAAUGUUUAUUUAUUUGUGGGACUUCUUCUAUGGGCACUUUUUUCGAUUUUGGAUGAAAUGGCUCUUGCGACAGAUGACUGGAAAGUGUGAAUUGCAGCGAAUUUUUGAUACCUAUGUAGGUGCCCAAAGGACACACAGGAUAGAAAAUUCCUUGAUGUACUCCAAGAAUAAGGUUUUACAGAAAGCGACAGUUGUUCAGAGUGAAGUGGACAAGUGCGUAGAAGAUAUAAUGAGAGAAAAGCGUAUCAGCGCUGAGAAGGAUGUCAGUUUUAAAAUCUGCAUGAAGGCAUGCUUACUUCAGAUAUCUGGUUAUAAACAGCUCUAUUUGGAUGUAGAAAGUGUGAGAAAAAGACCGUAUGAUUCUGAUAACCAGCAACAUGAAAAGCUGCUUCUCAAGCUUUGGAACCUUCUAAUGCCCACAAAAAAGUUGAAGGCUAGAAUCUCCAAGCAGUGGGCUGACAUUGGUUUCCAGGGUGAUGAUCCCAAAACAGACUUCAGAGGCAUGGGCAUACUCGGAUUAAUCAACCUUGUGUAUUUUAGUGAAAAUUACACCAGGGAAGCACAUCAGAUUCUUUCCCGUUCAAAUCAUCCAAAAUUAGGGUAUUCUUAUGCAAUAGUUGGAAUCAAUCUAACAGAGAUGGCUUAUAGCUUGCUGAAGAGUGAAGCUUUGAAAUUUCAUCUCUACAACUUUGUUCCUGGUGUACCAACAAUGGAACACUUUCAUCAGUUUUAUUGUUAUCUUGUCUAUGAAUUUGACAAGUUUUGGUUUGAAGAAAAGCCAGAAAGCAUUAUGUAUUUCAACAUAUAUAGAGAGAAGUUUCAUGAAAAGAUUAAAGGACUCUUACUGGAUUAUAACGUAUCACUUACUUUAAAAAUAUGAAUCAUUUCUAGUAUCUUCUAUUUCUACCACAUUUUGCACACACAACAGAAUUUAUAUGUUGUAAUAGAAAUGAUCUGAUUAAUUACACUGCAUAUAUAUAAUUUCCUACAGAAAUAUUUCAGAAAUUCUAUUUAAGAAAGCUAGUGGACAAUCAGUGUAUGUUUACAGUUGUUUAUACACUGUCCUCCAAAGGUACCUUAUCCUUCCAAAGAUCCCUCUAUGGAGUCAUGGCAACUGCAGUUUGGAACUUGGGACUUAGCCCAUUUACUAUAAAAGUACAGAUCAGGUAUUUGUAUUAAAUUGGUUAAUUACAAUGUAUAAAUAUCAGUUUUCACUUUUAUGUGUUGUAGCCAUCAAGUUGGUAUCUUUGUAGAGUUCUUAAAAUUUUUUGUUUUUGAGUUUGGAAAUAUUGCUCUUUAUUUUCUUUCUCUUAUUUUAUUUGUAGGUUAAUUAGGAGGGAGAGGGGUUCUUCGUGGUUUUUUUGUAGGACUCUCACUCCCAUGUGUUGCCUCAUUAGUAGCACCAAGAGCAUCGGUAUGUCAGAGAAGGGGAACACUCUUGGCCUCCUUUUGGGGUUGCCUAUUUAGCAUAACAGAUAAUGAGAGAAUGACAGUAUUGGUGACUAGCUUUUUUGACUUUAAACACACACUUUAAAAUAUUACAAUGUUAUUUUGAAACUUAAAGCUUUCAACAUCUUUAAGAUGUUUUCUCAUCUUUAGUCUUUGGUUUUUGUCAUUUGUAGAAAAGAACCUUAGUACCUGGUGUGAGAGCCUUUUAUGGGGCUUCUCUACCUAUGUGUGUUUAUGAAAAGAGAUGUAUUUGCUCAGAAUAUCUUGAUUGUAUUCAAAGGGCAGUUGCUGUUUUAAUAAAGCUGUCUUUGAACUUAA